GGCUCCUCCUCCGCGUCUCCCGUGCUCUGGCCGCGCCAGGCACCCGGCUGGCUUCCGAGGAAGCACCUUUGUGCCCGGCUCCUAGCCCGCGACGGCCGCAGCGCACCCGGAUCUAUUGUUUUCUCGGGGUUUUCCCGCAGGUGCCCUCAGCGCGCAGGACCCGCACGUGCCACCGCAGCAGCUGGAGCUCUGGAACCCGCAGGCGCCGGCAGGGGUGUCCCCGGGCGCGCCGCCGGAGAUGAAGCACCUGAAGCUCAGGUGGUCGGCCGGCGGCGGCCUCCUGAAUCUCAGCAUCCUGCUGAGCUUGGCAGGGCUCCGCGUAGACCUGGACCUCUACCUGCUGCUGCCGCCGCCCACCCUGCUUCGGGAUGAGCUGCUGCUCCUGGGCGGCCCCACCAGCUCCGCCUACGCGCUCAGCCCCUUCCCCGCCUUGGGGGGGUGGGGGCGCGCGAGCCAGCUGCACCCCAAGGGCCGGGAGUCGGACCCCGCAACACAGCUCGAGGGCCAGCUCCUCUGGGAGUUGCGAGCGCUCGGGGUCCCCUUCGUCCCCCGCACGCGGGUGGAUGCGUGGCUAGUGCACAGCGUGGUGGCUGGGGACGCAGACGGGGGCCACCGACUGCUCGGCGCCGCCGCGGCUUCAACGACCGGAGGAGUCGGCGCCAGUGUAGACGGUGGCAGCCAGGCUGCGCAGGGGAGCGGCGGGGAUACCCGAGCGGCUCGGAGUAGCCCGUUGGCCAACGGGGAGGAGAAAGCACCGGCGGAACCGACGGCCCAGGUGCCGGACGCCAGCGGACGCGCGAGCGAGGAGACUGAGGAACACAGAGAAAAAUAUGAAAGUGAGGAUCACAGUUCCCAGCAUGAGGGAAAUGCAGAGAGGGUGAAGGCCAAGAAAGAAAUCUCACUGCAGCAGAAUAAUGAGGAAGAAAACAAAAUAGCAGCCAAAUCUGACCUGGAUGCAGAAAAGACCACCGAACCUGAAAAUGAGAGACAUCUAAAUGGGACAGAUACAUCUUUCUCUACAGAAGAUUUAUUUCAGUUACUUUCAUCACAGCCUGAAAACUCAUUGGAGGGCAUUUCAUCAGGAGCUAUCCCUCUUUUGGGCAGUAGCAAUGAUGGCACAAAUUCUUCAGUACAUUUUAAUGUAAAUUUUAGCCAGGCCAUAAGUCAUGACGUGAAUCUUCAUGAGGCUAUGUUGGGGUGUCCCAACAAUACACUUAGAAGAGAUCCAGUGGCGAGGGCACCACAGACACAAGAACCAAUUCUACACUUAAAUCCUCAGUCCACCAGUCCUGAGCAAACGCUUCCUGGAGCUAACCUGACAGGAUUUCUUCCACCUGCUGAUGACCACAUGCACAAUCUAAUAAGCCAAGACCUACUAUAUGACCUUGAUGUAAACAUAUUUGAUGAGAUAAAUUUAAUGUCAUUGGCAAUGGAAGAGGGUUUUGACCCAAUGGAAGUUUCACAGCUUUUUGAAGAACCUGAUUCUGAUUCUGGCCUUUCCUUAAAUUCCAGUCACAAUAGCACCUCUGUCACCAAAUCUAAUUCUUCUCACUCCAUGUGUGAUGAAGGUGCUACAGGUUACAGUAGUGACCUUGAAUCUCCCUCCCAUCAUGACUUAGAAGGAGCUGUAGGAGGCUACUACUCAGAAUCCACUAAGCUUUGUCACAUGGGUCAUAGGAAUGACUCUGCUUUUCACAGGGACCUUGCAUUCCAGUAUGUAUUUCAUAACCACACUUACCACUUACAGUCAAGUGCACUGGAAUCCACUUCUGAAUCUUUACCAUGGCCUGAGAAGUCACAGAAAAUAACAAGUGGGUACCUUAAUGACACGGAUAAAAACUUAAGUCGGGAUGAAAGACGUGCUAAAGCUCUGCAUAUUCCUUUUUCCGUGGAUGAAAUUGUCGGCAUGCCUGUUGAUUCUUUCAACAGCAUGUUAACCAGGUACUAUCUGACAGACUUGCAAGUCUCGCUCAUCCGUGAUAUCAGAAGAAGAGGGAAAAAUAAAGUUGCUGCUCAGAACUGCCGUAAACGCAAAUUAGACCUAAUUUUGAAUCUGGAAGAUGAUGUAUAUAAUUUACAAAGAAAGAAAGAAAACCUCAAGAGAGAGCAAGCCCAGUGUAACAAAGCUAUUAACAUAAUGAAACAUAAACUCCAUAACCUGAAAGAGAAAAACUGA